AGCUUGGCGCUCCGCCUCCCGCGGCCUUAACUAGAAGUCGAAACAAAACAAGCCGCUAAGGCGGUGGCGGCGGCGCCGGGACGGGGGAGGGGCGCGCCGGAACCGGAACCGACCUGACGCCGGAACCGGAACGGAGAGCGGGUUGCCAGGGCCCGAAGAGGGCUGGCUGCGGCGGUCUCGCUCGGCUGUUGGUUCCUUGCUGGAGAAUUUGGCCACAAAGAGUUGCCAAGAUAGCUGGGCCAGGAAGAAAGCGCCGCAGCCCUGACCCAGACGCUGUUGCCGGCCCCGGGGCACUCUGGCUGUCGACCAAGCGGCUCAAGAUGUCUGGCGGGGCCAGUGCCACAGGCCCAAGGAGAGGGCCCCCAGGACUGGAGGACGCAACUAGUAAGAAGAAGCAGAAGGAUCGAGCAAACCAGGAGAGCAAGGAUGGAGAUCCUAGGAAAGAGACAGGGUCUCGAUAUGUUGCCCAGGCUGGUCUUGAACUUCUGGCCUCAGGUGAUCCUUCUGCCUCAGCCUCCUGCACAGCUGGGAUCACAGGCUCACGCCACCAUUCCCGGCUGUUUUUUCCUUCAUUGUCAGGGUCAGCAUCCACUCCUCGGGAGGAGCAGACCAAAGAGGGAGCUUGUGAAGACCCUCAUGAUCUCUUGGCUACUCCCCCUCCAGAGUUGUUGCUCGAUUGGAGGCAGAGUGCAGAAGAGGUGAUUGUCAAGCUUCAUGUGGGAGUAGGUCCCCUGCAGCUGGAGGAUGUAGAUGCUGCUUUCACAGAUACGGACUGUGUGGUGCGGUUUGCAGGUGGUCAGCAGUGGGGUGGUGUCUUCUAUGCUGAGAUAAAAAGCUCUUGUGCUAAAGUGCAAACCCGCAAGGGCAGUCUCCUGCACCUGACACUGCCCAAAAAGGUGCCUAUGCUCACGUGGCCCUCCCUCCUGAAGAAACCUCUAGGGACCCAGGAGCUGGUGCCGGGGCUGCAGUGCCAGGAGAAUGGGCAGGAACUGUCUCCCACUGCCCUGGAGCCAGGCCCUGAGCCCCACCGGGCUAAGCAGGAGGCCCGGAACCAGAAGCGGGCCCAGAGCCGUGGUGAGGUAGGCUCAGGGGCUGGCCCCGGGGCCCAGGCAGGGCCCAGCGCCAAGAGGGCUGUGCAUCUCUGCAGAGGGCCAGAGGGGGAGGGGUCCAGGGAUGACCCUGGACCCCGGGGUGAUGCCCCACCCUUCGUGGCUGACCCGGCCACCCAGGUUGAGGCUGAUGAACAGCUUUGCAUACCACCGGUGAACCCCCAAACCUGCCUCCUGGGCUCAGAGGAGAAUUUAGCCCUUUUGGCAGGAGAGAAAGCAGUGUCUCCUGGGAAUGACCCAGUCUCUCCAGCCAUGGUCCGGAGCAGAAACUCUGGGAAAGAUGACCGUGCCAAGGAGGAGAUGGCAGUGGCAGCAGAUGCUGCAACCUUGGUGGAUGAGCCCGAGUCGAUGGUGAACCUGGCGUUUGUCAAGAAUGACUCGUAUGAGAAGGGCCCGGAUUCAGUGGUGGUGCACGUGUACGUGAAGGAGAUCUGCAGGGACACCUCGAGAGUACUUUUUCGUGAGCAGGACUUCACACUCAUCUUCCAGACCAGGGAUGGAAACUUCCUGAGGCUGCACCCAGGCUGUGGGCCCCACACCAUCUUCCGUUGGCAGGUGAAGCUCAGGAAUCUGAUUGAGCCAGAGCAGUGCACCUUCUGUUUCACGGCUUCUCGCAUCGACAUCUGCCUUCGUAAGAGGCAGAGUCAGCGGUGGGGGGGCCUGGAGGCCCCGGCUACACGAGUGGGUGGUGCAAAGGUUGCCGUGCCGACAGGUCCAACCCCUCUGGAUUCAACCCCACCAGGAGGUGCUCCCCACCCCCUGACAGGCCAGGAGGAGGCCCGGGCUAUGGAGAAGGAUAAAUCCAAGGCACGAUCUGAGGACACAGGGCUAGAGAGUGUGGCAACCCGCACACCUAUGGAGCAUGUAACCCCAAAGCCAGAGACACACCUGGUGUCGCCCAAGCCUACAUGUAUGGUGCCUCCCAUGCCCCACAGCCCAGUUAGUGGAGAUAGUGUGGAGGAGGAGGAAGAGGAAGAGAAGAAAGUGUGUCUGCCAGGCUUCACUGGCCUUGUCAAUUUAGGCAACACCUGCUUCAUGAACAGCGUCAUUCAGUCUCUGUCCAACACUCGGGAACUCCGGGACUUCUUCCAUGACCGCUCCUUUGAGGCUGAGAUCAACUACAACAACCCACUAGGGACUGGUGGGCGUCUGGCCAUUGGCUUUGCUGUGCUGCUUCGGGCGCUGUGGAAGGGCACCCACCAUGCCUUCCAGCCUUCCAAGUUGAAGGCCAUUGUGGCGAGUAAGGCCAGCCAGUUCACAGGCUAUGCGCAGCAUGAUGCCCAGGAGUUCAUGGCUUUCCUGCUGGAUGGGCUGCACGAGGACCUGAAUCGCAUUCAGAACAAGCCCUACACAGAGACCGUGGACUCAGAUGGGAGGCCUGAUGAGGUGGUAGCUGAGGAAGCAUGGCAGCGGCACAAGAUGAGGAAUGACUCUUUCAUCGUGGACCUAUUUCAGGGGCAGUACAAGUCGAAGCUGGUGUGCCCUGUGUGUGCCAAGGUCUCCAUCACUUUUGACCCGUUUCUUUAUCUGCCGGUGCCCUUGCCACAAAAGCAAAAGGUUCUCCCUGUCUUUUAUUUCGCCCGAGAGCCCCACAGCAAGCCCAUUAAGUUCCUGGUGAGCGUCAGCAAGGAGAACUCCACUGCCAGUGAAGUAUUGGACUCCCUCUCUCAAAGCGUUCGUGUGAAGCCUGAGAAUCUGCGUUUGGCGGAGGUAAUUAAGAAUCGUUUCCAUCGUGUGUUCCUGCCCUCCCACUCACUGGACACUGUGUCCCCAUCUGAUAUGCUCCUCUGCUUUGAGCUGCUAUCCCCAGAGUUGGCUAAGGAGCGGGUAGUGGUGCUAGAGGUGCAACAGCGCCCCCAGGUGCCCAGCGUCCCCAUCUCCAAGUGUGCAGCCUGCCAGCGGAAGCAACAGUCGGAGGAUGAAAAGCUGAAGCGCUGUACCCGGUGCUACCGUGUGGGCUACUGCAACCAGCUCUGCCAGAAAACCCACUGGCCUGACCACAAGGGCCUCUGCCGACCUGAGAACAUUGGCUACCCCUUCCUGGUCAGUGUACCUGCCUCACGCCUCACUUAUGCCCGCCUUGCUCAGCUGCUAGAGGGCUAUGCCCGGUACUCUGUGAGUGUAUUCCAGCCACCCUUUCAGCCUGGCCGCAUGGCCUUGGAGUCUCAGAGCCCUGGCUGCACCACACUGCUCUCCACUGGCUCCCUGGAGGCUGGGGACAGUGAGAGGGACCCCAUUCAGCCACCUGAGCUCCAGCUGGUGACCCCUAUGGCUGAGGGGGACACAGGGCUUCCCCGGGUGUGGGCAGCCCCUGACCGGGGUCCUGUGCCCAGCACCAGUGGAAUUUCUUCUGAGAUACUGGCCAGUGGGCCCACUGAGGUUGGCUCCUUGCCUGCUGGCGAGAGGGUGUCCCGACCCGAAGCCGCUGUGCCUGGGUACCAGCACCCAAGUGAAGCUAUGAAUGCCCACACACCACAGUUCUUCAUCUAUAAAAUUGACUCAUCCAACCGAGAGCAGCGGCUAGAGGACAAAGGAGACACCCCACUGGAGCUGGGUGACGAUUGUAGCCUGGCUCUCGUCUGGAGGAACAAUGAGCGUUUGCAGGAGUUUGUGUUGGUAGCCUCCAAGGAGCUGGAAUGUGCUGAGGAUCCAGGCUCUGCCGGUGAGGCUGCCCGGGCCGGCCACUUCACCCUGGACCAGUGCCUCAACCUCUUCACACGGCCUGAGGUGCUGGCACCCGAGGAGGCCUGGUACUGCCCACAGUGCAAACAGCACCGUGAGGCCUCCAAGCAGCUGUUGCUAUGGCGCCUGCCAAAUGUUCUCAUCGUGCAGCUCAAGCGCUUCUCCUUUCGUAGUUUUAUCUGGCGUGACAAGAUCAAUGACUUGGUGGAGUUCCCUGUUCGGAACCUGGACCUGAGCAAGUUCUGCAUUGGUCAGAAAGAGGAGCAGCUGCCCAGCUAUGAUCUGUAUGCUGUCAUCAACCACUAUGGAGGCAUGAUUGGUGGCCACUACACUGCCUGUGCACGCCUGCCCAAUGAUCGUAGCAGUCAGCGCAGUGACGUGGGCUGGCGCUUGUUUGAUGACAGCACGGUGACAACGGUAGACGAGAGCCAGGUUGUGACGCGUUAUGCCUAUGUACUCUUCUACCGCCGGCGGAACUCUCCUGUGGAGAGGCCCCCCAGGGCAGGUCACUCUGAGCACCACCCAGACCUAGGCCCUGCAGCUGAGGCUGCUGCCAGCCAGGCUUCCCGGAUUUGGCAGGAGCUGGAGGCUGAGGAGGAGCCGGUGCCUGAGGGGCCUGGGCCCCUGGGUCCCUGGGGGCCCCAAGACUGGGUGGGCCCCCCGCCACGUGGCCCUACCACACCAGAUGAGGGCUGCCUCCGGUACUUUGUCCUGGGCACCGUGGCGGCUUUGGUGGCCCUCGUGCUCAACGUGUUCUAUCCUCUGGUAUCCCAGAGUCGCUGGAGAUGAGCUCGCCUGCAGGCAGCUGCUGUGAGCUGGCCUACCUGCCUGCCCCAGGCCAUGCCUGCCUUUGUUGUGGGGAACACCUCUGGGCUUUGGGCCUCAGCUUGUGCAUCUGGUGGGAGAGGGUGGGGAGGCUGUGGCCCCUGCACGGGCAGAGCAUCGUAGGGUGUGUAUCCAUCCAGCUGUUUGUCCAUUCAUCCUGCUGCUCUGACCCUUGGCCUCGGGCUUGGCCUUGCCCAAGCUACUUCCUGUACUUAAAGUGUUAAUAAAGCCAGACUAUUCAGGCCCAAUCUUGUCUCUCUGUCUGAACGCCGCUGCUGUCUGCGCCUGCCUUGGGACCCUCCCUUGGGUGCCAGGGCUCCAAGCCAGCACCCCCGGGAUGCCAGGCGGCAUGCUGGGCAGCCCCCAACCCCUGUCCUCGUAUUCUGUUGCAGGGACUAGGCCCUGGCCAGGCCCCCGAGGUGGCCCCCACGCGGACAGCCCCUGAACGCUUCGCCCCCCCUGUGGAUCGGCCAGCCCCCACCUACAGCAACAUGGAGGAGGUGGAUUAGCAGGUCCCUGGCUGAUGGGGGGGACUGGGUUUGGGACACCCACCACAGAGGGCCAGCUCCUUGCCGCUUCUCCUUCUCUAACCCAGAGGACACUGGCUCUGUCAACGGGAAGCUGUGGGGUAUGAUUUGGGUGUGGAGACCUCUCAGGUUGGGACUUCUUGUUAGCUUGGACCCCUGACCAGUGGGCUUUGGCUUCUCUAGCCACCUCCAGUGCUGUGUGAUUUGAUUCUGUUGUACCUUCAAUUCUUUCUGACCCGCAUUAUAAACAUUAUAAUUUUAUUCUAAAAAUUGUAAUUUUUUUUGCAUUUUGGAAGUGAUUGCUGCUGUUUAAAUAUAUUUUAAAAAUAAAUAAUAAAUAAGUAGA